ACCCUUGCGUUCUUGCUCUCGAUCACUCUCCCUCUCUUCUUCACUUUCGAAAUUUUAGGGUUUAUCGCGGGUUUCUUGAUCUAUUUCUUGUUCCCAACUACCUUUUCUCUGGAACCGUUGAUUCUUUUGUCCCAUUUCUUGCUCCGUCGCUAUCAAUUCCUCUUGACCCCAAACCCUAGAUCUUGCUGUUCUUGGGUUAGACCUUCUACCGAUUUCAGGCAUUUAAGAACCGGAUUGCUGCCCCGGCGACCACCUGUCCCCCACCGGCUUCAGGAACUCCUUAGCGCUCUAUGUAGUGGAUAUUGGUACGAAUGAUACUGCAAUCUAGGGUUUUCCUAAAGGAUCCUUGUUGAAACCCCAUCCCAGGAUCGCGCACACUUUUGCCCUUUGAGCUUCGGAGGUCCAGCGGAUCGGCAGAGAGUGGUGGUGAUUGGCCAAGCCCCUGAUUCUGGCGCCGAUUUUGGCGCCGAUAAUAUGAUCAGUUGAACAUGAGCGAUGGUGGCAAGGAGAGUGAAAGUGAUCAGCAGAGCAGCUUGAAGAAGAGUCUGCCGUCAUCGGCAACUGACGAGUUCGGCCGUGCCGUUGUGAAGAUUGCCGUCGCCCAGAUUUGUGAGACCGUCGGGUUUCAGGGAUCGCAUUACUCUGCCGUCGACGCCCUCACGGAGGUCACGGUCCGGUACAUAUGUGAUCUAGGCAAAAGUGCGAGUUUCUAUGCUCAUUUGGCUGGUAGAACGAGUUGCAAUGUUUUUGAUAUCAUCCAGAGCUUAGAAGAUUUGAGUUCGCAAGCAGGUUUUUCUGGCGCAUCUGAUGUUCACCAUUGCUUAGUUGGUUCAGGUGUUGUUCGAGAGAUCACUCAUUUUGUUAGCACUAAAGAGGAAGUCCCGUUUGCUCAGCCCAUUCCUAGAUUCCCUAUUCCUCGUGUACCUAAGGCUACACCUAGCUUUGCUCAGGUUAACAAAGAACCACCGGGAAAGCACAUACCUGAUUGGCUUCCAAGGCUCCCUGAUCCUCAUACCUAUGUCCACACGCCUGUUUGGAACAAGAGGACCACUGAUGCCAAAACAGACAAGGUCGAACAAGCAAGGCAGCGGAGGAAGGCAGAAAGGUCUUUGUUAAGCUUACAGAAGCGACUUGCCUCCAGUGAAGCAGCUGGGUUUCAACCAACUGGUGAUGGUGAUGUUGGGAAGGGGAAGCAGGUAGUCGGUAGCAACCCAUUUCUGGCCCCACCUUUACCAUAUAAAGAAAAAGCAGUAUCUGAAAAUGCUCGUCUACAUGAGGCAGAUGCUGGCAAAAGGUUAUCGGUGCUUGAGACCUUUGCUCCUGUCUUUGAGGCUGCAAAGGUGGGUUCUCUUGACUAUAGUGCUAGUGACAAGAAGGUUGUUCUUAGAAGCAGGCCUACAGUGCAUUUCAAGAUUGGAGUUGACAAGAAAUCUAUAGCUGCAUCAUUAUCUUCUAAUGCUUUGGAUGCAAGAAAAGACUCGUGGCCUUUGAGGGAUGAUGAGAAGGAUGACAAGAAGAGGAGAGCAGAAAUGAUACUUAGAGAAGCUAUGGAGAAGCCACAUGAUCUUGCUCAGCUGUAAAGCUCAUUUAAACAGGCUUGCAGUGAGGAAUUGUAACAGUAUUUCUUGGCAUAUCAAAUUUGGUGGAAAUUCUGUUCCCAAUUGUUGAGCUAUGUGAAAAACCUUAGUAGCAUGGACACACAGGUCCUUGCAUGUGGCAAUGAAUACUGUAUGAUGCAUUCCAGACAUUGCUGUAGCAAAGGAGGUACCAGUAGCUCCCAUAUGGAUCAGUUCCCUUCCCUCACAGUAUGACUCUUUCUCAUGCUUGACAUAUUUAUGACCGAGGUCAUUAAGCCUCAUGUAGUCAUGUGGGAUUUGGUUAAGAACUCAAAUUUGUAGGUUAUGUAAAGCCCCUUUAAACUUUAAUCUGAUCCAUGUAUCCUGUGAGGUUUGAUCUUUCUAUACUUAAUGUUGAAUUCACCAUUCAUGUUUGUGAUUGAGUUGGAAAAUGUAAUCGUGUGGUUCACUGGUUCUGAUGUAGCUGGUCAACAUAUCACAGGUGGUACUUUGUAUAUGAUUACUUAACAUGGUAUAUUUCAUAUUGUUUGGUUCAAAUUCAUCUUCUUCCAUGUUGGUUUUGCAUGCUUGGGAUAGGAUGAUUGAGGGACUCCGACUUUUUUAUGUUAUAGAAUAAUUCGAGUGUUAUUGAAAUUUGAGCUAAGUUUUCUGUUAAAAUCGUUUUUGAGUUUCAAAUAUUUUCAUGGAGUAGUCUUUGAUAAAUCUUUUGCCUGAGUGAUAAAUGUCAUUGUAUUAUAUUUUGUUUCUUUGUGAAAAAAUAAUUGUGUUCUCUGAUGAUAAAUUGUUCUUGUUUAUGCUUUUAUUAACAUACUUCAUUUGUUCAUAAUUUUUUUCUUGUUGCUUGUCAUAUUUGAUUGCUUCUGUUGACAAAACUUGUUCAACAUCUUAUAUUUGUGUCAUUUUGUAGGAUUUCAUGUGCAUAUUGAUAACAUCAUAUGCACUUGCUCUAAAAUACUAGCAAAUGCUUUGGACAGUAAUAUUUUCUGUUGUUUCUUAUUUUGUAUAUAUUCCCCCUCUUUUAAUGUUUUUGUAUAAUAAUGUGAUUACAUAUGCUUAAUCUAGGUUAGAAAUACAGCAAGACAAUAGUUACCCUUAAUUAUCAUAAGUUAGAUACCUGACCAUAAUAAGCAAGUCAAUGUUACCAGCAUCUUUUUCUUUUUCUGUAUAAUUGGUAGUUGAUAAGUUCAUGAAGUGUAGGUGUUUAAAUUGACAUAGAUACUUGUUCUUUCUUUUAUUACUGCCCCUAUUUCUUUGUCCUUUUUUAAUAUAGUUAAGCAUCUGGUUAUUAUUUAGUCUUCUCCUUGUUGGCAUAAAGAGAGUUGAGGCUUGAGCCCUUGUUUAUUAUGGAUAUGUUUGAAGUGGGAUUUUUGAACUGAUGACUUGAAAGAGGAUUUUGUAUGUUUUCGAUUGUAAUUAUAGCCAGGUUUCCUUGGAAAUUAUAAGGAUACGCCAUAGUAGGUCUCAAAUGUAUCUUAUUCAGCAGUAUCCCAUUUGCCUUCUAAAAUUGCAUCAGUUUUGCAGUGUGCAGUUUAGUGAUGCAGAUUGUGAACAGAACAACUAGGCUUUUCCUCUGACAUUUGGUGGAUUCAGGUUGAGCUUGCUUCACAAGGUGGGGGGUCACAGAGAUAACAGCUUUGGCCUCUUUUCCUUCAAGUCAUGCCUUCACGAGAUUGGUAGAAAAAAUAAAAAAACAACAAAUUGACCCAAUUAACCAUUUUAUUCAUCAGGUUUGUCCGCUCCCUCUUGUCUGGUGUCGUAAAUCUCAAAACUCUAUCAAGUCAGGAAGAAAGCUAGCUAAGCUUAGUCUUUAUUUUUCCCGGAUCAAACUGUUCCACAAACAGAAUGAUGAUUAUCAGUUGAAAUAGUAUGUUUUGGCUGAGAUUUUAAGCCAUUUUUUUAAAUAUUACAUUAUUUUAGACUAGCAUUUCUUAACUGCCUACAGAAAUUUCUCUUAGAUGAAGACAUUUCUGUGGAUGUUGUAGCUGAUAGCAUUAUCUGAUCUUGCAUUUGGAGAUCUCUGCCUUUAGGAUGGUGAUGAGUUGGUUGUGUGAAGCUUGUCACGGGGUCAAAUGGUACUUUUUUUAAGCAAUGCAAGUUAAUUAUGUCUGACUCUAUUUGCCUCUGGCAAUUUUGUCAGAGGCACUGCCUAUGGUUGAGUUUCUGGCCAUAUAAGAGCGCAGCUGCUCAGAAGGGAGCCUGCAAAGUAAUCUUGUCUGUUAAGACUAGCUUUUCCUUGAAGUGGUAAAGAGUAAUAAGAUUUUAGACAAUGUGAAUAUUUCUCAUUUUGAGUAAUGCAACAAGAGCAAGUAGUUUUAACAAGUUAUGAAGAAAGACAAUUGUUAUAUCUUAUAGGUGCUUGUGCAAUGAAGCAGAAUAAUGAUGAAUAUGCUGGUUUGUUAAAUUGUCAUCGUUAUGCUUGUUUUUUCUUUCAGCUGUGAUGCUUUCUAUUGUUUCCUCUGCUUCUGUUUGUGUAACUAUUUUAUGUGCCAUUUUUCACCAAAACACAGGAGAGUCAUUUGAAAGCCUAAAUUUUACAAGAAAAAGGCUUAUAAUUCUCUGUUAAACAAUGGAUGGUGAGAACAUUUUAUGCAUGCUCUUUUUAAAAGCUAGUGUUGAACUGCACAUGAUAUAUUGUGUGUUUGUUGAGAACUCAUGAUAUUUUAAAAAUGUUUCUGCUUAAUUUGUUACAGUAUGAAUUUAUUAGAUUUACGCUUAGGUUUUCUGCUUAAGCCUUUUAAUCAGGUUAUCACCUGUGAUCGAUCGGGCAUAUUGAGUUAUUGGUAACAUCUCUAGGAGAGGAUCUUGAUAUCUCCUUGAUAAUGAAGUCUACCUUUGAAUAUAGCGCCCACUUUGAGGAUGUUGACUGAAUUGAAUGUCAUGUUUAUGUUUUUCAGUUAUAAAUAUUUGAAAUAACUGCAUGAGUACCAUCAAAAUCCAAUGGUAUAUGUAUCGCAUUCCAAACAUUUUUGUACUUAGUUAGGAAAUGUAUUGCUGAAUGCAGCUUGUUUGUCCAAUGAUGUCUACUUAUUCUUCAUACAAACAACAGUAUCAUAUGAGAAUAUUCUUUCUAUAUUGGAAUGCUGCAGCAGAUGUCUACUCUUUCCAUUGUUUCUCUAGGAACAUGAAUUAAUGAUAACUUUGUUAAUUACGACUCUAAUUGAGAUGGGGGGGAAAGAAAUAUCCUGCUGGUUCUUGAGAUAGUGACAGAUGAUUGAUUCUUUGAAAGCUGCUUCAAAUCUGCUAAGGACAGCCAUCUGUUUGGGUAACAUGGUGAAAGGUCAGAUACCCAGAGGUGCUUCUGCUGUGUAGGGUCUCAUCGAGCUUCUCAUGGUUUUUUCUGGCAUCUUUAUGCUUGUGCUGUCCUUCUAUUGUCCAUAUACAAUCAACUUUGACAUGAAUAGUAUCUGACUGUUGAAGAAGUUGGAUGGUCGUUCUCACUGAUUAACUGUUUCAGUAUUGGUUUCCUGUUGUUCCAUUAUUCAAGUGAAUAGAAGGGAAAGAGAAGAAUGACUUAGAAUGAGAUCAAAGGUUUGGAAACAAGUGGUCUAAAGAAUAGAUUUUGAGAAUACAUUUUGCAUUUGCUGAUAGUUGUACCAUGAAAUGAGCAAUAAAAUUGAUAACUGAUCAUCGCAAUCUGCUUAUCUCGCAUAUGCAUUCUCCCCACGGAGAGUUUCAUCAAUCCUAUUUUAACAACAUUGCUGGUAACUCAUCGCUGAAACUUGUACGUUUCUCUAUUUGCUACAUCUUAACUCCAUAUGAUUAAAGUGUUAGCAUUGUCGCAGGUACUGUCAAUGGGGCUCAGCUUGGAUCUGCUCCGUUUGGAGUAUACCAGACACUGUCCCCGGUAUAAUUUUGCAAUCAUGUCUGGAUGAGAAAAGCCUAUUCUGUUUUCUGUGGAUUUGUCCUGCUACUUGUUUAGAGGGGCAAGGUUUCGAGAGCAAUUGUUAAUGCUGCAGGAAAUAAACAGCUAGAAAUGACUUCUUUCAUGGCAACCACCUCUAUGGAAGGUUCUUUGGCAGACAUAUGGCACAAACACAAAUACACACAUACGUUGCGAUAUUUUGGUUGGUGUUGGUUGCUAAUCUGUGACCACAUGGUCAACUGUUGCAGUUUUAUUGUGCGGUUUGACUGUCACCCAUGUUUUGGUGGCCACAAACAACAGUUGGUGAUAUUACAAGCACAAUAGUAAUGAGAACUAUCCAGAUCAUGGGGACCGUGGCAGCAGGCCAUUGUACUAGAGCAGGAAAUAAAAUUGAUGCUGAUGAAGGAAGAAAUAAAAUGUAUACGAGGGGGGGUUGUAGGUAUGUUACACUUGUGGAGUUAUUGGUUGUCUGAUAUUACCAUCACAAACAUGGAACAAAGUUUUUCAGUGGUGUCAGGAUUGGGGCAUUUCCAAAGAGGCAUGGAGGGAUUAAUGUAAUGCUUCUGAACAAUGAAUGCAUCAAAGAGAUUUUUUCAAACGGUAGUUUUAUCUGAAUGGUGAAACAUAUUGGAUCACUAAAUUUUUAUUAAUUCGUUUUGCGGUAAUUGGCCGUCACUGA